AUGCAAGGCGUUGCCAUCGUGGAUUCGGCAGGCCGCCGCAUCCUGUCAACCCACUCUCCCUCCUCCCUCCAGGCCAACCUCGCAAUCGACGCCGCCGUCGCGUCUUCCUCGCCAGUGCUAUGGGUACCGGCCAUCAACGGCAAGAGUGGUGAUCACCUCGACGAUGAGAGCGAGGACGAAGAGGACCAAGUUGAGCAGCCCUGGGCUCAUGCUUCACGGCGGUCUGGCGGUGGAAUUGCUGUCUGCCAGGUCCAGCGAAACGGCCUGCGCUUUAUUUCACUCGUCGACAAGGAUGUCGACCCGCUCAUCCCCUUGACUUUCCUCACCGAACUCUACGAAGUUCUGAAAACCUACAUCGCCGGCCCUGUGACUGAGGGCAGCAUCAAGGACAACUUCGACGUAGUCCUCGCCCUCCUGCAAGAAAUGGUCGUCGGCGGCCGGCCACAGCUAUCACAAAGCCCGCAGCUCAAGGACCUUGUCGUUCCGCCAGACUCGCAGUUGCUCGCGAAGGUGGCACUGAACGCAGCGACUGCUGCUGGACUCGCGAUCCCCUCUCAGUCGACUGCGGCAAACGCGCUGAUCGCGUCACCCUUGCCAUGGCGGAGACAAGGAAUCAAGUACACCUCGAACGAGAUCUACUUUGACCUGAUAGAAACUAUUUCCUUCACGCUCGACCCCGCCGGAAAACCCAUCACCGGCUCGAUCACCGGCGACAUCGCGUGCCGCUCUCGCUUGUCUGGCAUGCCCGAUCUCUCCCUGAACUUCACCGACCCUUCCGUACUCGACGAAUCGGCCGCCUUCCAUGCGUGUGUGCGGUAUAGCAGGUGGAUGAAGGACAAGGUCGUCUCUUUCGUACCGCCCGACGGCACCUUCCCGCUUCUCUCCUUUGUUCACACGCCGCCCAAGACAUCUCCCGCCCUCGCCCUUGCCCUUCUUCCCUUCUCCGUCACCUCGCAAAUCACGCUCGGCACUUCCGGCGGCUCCUUCUCCAUCACGCUCACCUCCCGCUCUCCAGCUUCACGACCACUCACGAGCCUUGUCGUCCGCAUGCCGCUCGCCACGGGCGCAAACGGCGUCACCGCGACCGUCUCAGGCGGCGCUUACCUGCGCGACGACGAAGGGCGGAGUAUCGGCGGUGGCGCGGGACGAUGGGACGUCGUGGCCGAGACUGAAUUCGCGAGCGACGGAAAGGCGACGGAGAAGCAGUUCUUGGUGUGGAAGAUUGACCAGCUCGAGUCGACGGAUCGGCCGGCUGUCUUGACGGGACAAUACUACGCCUCACCCAACGCGCGGAAACCUCCCGCGUUCACCUUCGCCUUCGACUCGCCUUCGUCCGGCUUCUCCGGCCUGCGAAUAAACUCGCUCAAGGUACUGAAUGAGCCGUACAGCGUGUACAAGGGCGUCAAGACGAGGGGACGUGGCGAGAUCGAGGUGCGGACUGGCUGA